CAUCCCACACACAGACGCCUGCUCCCCCUCUCGAGAUCGAAAUCUGGUUCGCAUGACUUCCUACACUUAGCAGGCAGGUUCAUCGGAUACAACCCGAGAAAAGGCGCCGAAGGACCCCCCGCCUCCUCUUCAUUGCAGCAGCGGCGGCGGCGCUUGUUUGUCACACUCAAAAGUCAGCGAUAACAGUCAGCUGGCAACUUCCUCUCUCUCUCUCCCUCACUCUCCCUCAUCUCCCAUCUCACCACACUGUCGCAACCAUGUCCCUAGCGGCCCUCAACCCUCGCCACAUUCAAAACUUUAGCGAUGCCGCGACCCUCGAGCCACACUGGGGAUACGCGAUGCGCGCCUUACCCUGCAAGAAUGACGCGGGUAGCUGCGAGUACCUCGAUGUCGUGUAUCAUGCCCAUGAUGUCGGGAUGUUGUACGUCGGGAUCCUCUGGGCCAGCAUAGCGGGUGUGCUACUUCUCUGGGCGGUAUGGAGGCAGAGCAGCCGGAGUAGCACAGGAGGGCCAGCGUACGGCCGGCUAGCGGAUGAUGAGGAUGGCACGCGGCCCAUACCAUCGCAACGCCGUCCCCUCCUAUCUCCCCUCAUCACCUUCACCCGUCGUCACCUCCUGCAACGUAAUCCUCUUCCUUCGAUAUUCGGCAACGCUUCCCGCCUCCAGCUCCUCAUCCUAGCCGUCCUGCUCGGGUACCUCACCCUCUUCACAUUCCUCGGCAUCACCUACAAAACCUGGACAACACCCGUAAAGGCACAGCCGGGCCUCUAUCAGACGCGCUCCAGCCUCGGGCCAUGGAGCGAUCGACUUGGCGUGUUGGCAUUCGCUCUGCUGCCCUUUAGUAUUUUGCUCGCCAGCAGGGAAAGCGUGUUGAGCUUGGUGACAGGGGUGCCCUAUCAGCACUUCAACUUUCUGCACCGUUGGCUUGGUCACGUCAUUUUCGCCCAAUCCCUCCUCCAUACCAUCGGAUGGUGUAUCGUCGAGCUACGCCUCUACCAACCGCAACCGAGCGUCGGUUCUGCUUGGGUCAAGCAGAAGUACAUCAUCUACGGGCUCGUGGCAAUGGGCCUGCUUCUGGUGCUGUGGGUGUCCGCCCUCCCCUUUGUGAUUAGACGCACGGGAUACGAGGUAUUUCGAAAGGCGCACUAUCUCCUCGCUAUGCUCUUCAUCGGCGGCUGCUGGGGCCACUGGAAACAGCUGGAAUGUUUCCUCAUCCCGUCCCUCGUCCUCUGGCUGCUCGACCGGGCUGUCAGGCUGGUGAGAACGGGGAUGAUUCAUUACUACCACCGCGACGCGGCGUCGGGCGAGAAGGGAUUGGUCACACCCCCCACGUUCGGCUUUUCCACCUUCAAGGCCCAUGCUCGCAUAUUCGAAAACGAAGUCGACAGCGCUAUUGUCCGUCUAGACUUGCAUCACUCCAACCCAGCAGCAGCCUGGUUGCCUGGUCAACACUUCUUUCUCACUUUCCCGGAAUGCUCACUUUGGCAGUCACACCCUUUCACGCCCGUCUGCCAGCCGUACACGGAGGCGGGCUCGGGCUCGCAAAGCUACGUCUUCAGGGCUAAGCGGGGGGAGACGAAGAAGGUUGCCUCGUUGGUGAGGGGGAGAAAGGGGAGGGUGGGAGAGAAGGACGAGCGAGGUAAGGUGAUUAAGGAUGAGCGCGUGGCGGUUAUUCUUAGCGGGCCGUACGGGCAGAGCGUCGUUGAGGAUGACGGCAAUGGGGAACACGAUGUGCUCUGCGUUGCGGGCGGUACGGGCAUCACAUUCGUGCUGCCUGUGCUGCUUCAUCACCUCGCUCAUGACGCUGAGGAUGGGAGGCGACUCGUUCUCGUGUGGGUCGUCAGACAUCGCAGCGAUGCCCGUUGGCUCGAGGGGGAGGUCCAGGCGCUGCGAGACAGCAAGCGCGUCGAGGUCAAGCUCUUCGUCACACGAGACGACCAUGCCGCCGAUGCCGUAGAGAAGGGCUCGGCGUCAGCGUCAUCAUCAUCUUCCGCCUCUCGCGCAGAGGGCCGUCCCGACCUCGCCUCCCUCGUCUCAUCCGUGACGUCUACGAGCCGACCGACGCGCGUCUACGGUAGUGGACCGGCGGGGAUGCUCAACGAUCUGCGCGAUGCCGUUGCCGGCUGCGAGGGGCCAAAGGAGGUCAAACUUGUAUGCGAUGAUAGAUUGGAGUGGUAGGAGCGCGCACGCAGGCGAAUUUGAGUUUAGCAGAUGGAGAUUCCGAGGGGUUCAUGGCGCAAGCCGGCGGGUGAAGCGGUGAGGGAUGGGGAUAGCAUGCCAAACAAUACCACUUAGAUUUAGUGAACCGUU